AGAUGGUGACAAGUAGAGCAAGAGGAGCGCUCACUACCAGCCUAAGUGUGCAAGCGUGAGGUUGAGUCCGGGAGGAGAGAGAGAGAGGCUAGGACAGAAGGACGCGAGGUAGCAAGGGAAGAAGGAAAAGUUUCCCCGCUCAGAAGGAUACAAAGCUUUACGCUGGAGCCACUCACUCACGAUCCGCUGACUGCGCCGCAGCAGGAGCAAACGGGACUUUGUCGACUCUCCGCGCAGGUCAAGAUGAGCUGCAGGAAAAGGUGCAAGCGGGAGAUUUUCAAGUUCGCCCAGUACAUGUUCCGUCUUGUCACCGGCUCGCUGAACACUGAUAGUGUUGAAGAUGAGCUCGAACUCUCCGCUGUUCGCCAUCGCCCCGAGGGAUUGGGACAACUGGAGGCGCAGACGCGAUUCUCCCGCAAGGAGCUGCAAAUCCUCUAUCGCGGCUUUAAGAACGAGUGUCCGAGUGGAGUGGUCAAUGAAGACACCUUCAAGGACAUUUACUCCCAGUUCUUCCCACAAGGAGACGCCUCGACGUAUGCUCAUUUCCUGUUCAACGCCUUUGACACCGAUCACAACGGCUCUGUGAGUUUUGAGGAUUUUGUCAUGGGUCUUUCCAUCCUUCUGCGAGGCACCAUUCAAGAAAAACUCAACUGGGCGUUCAACCUUUACGACAUCAACAAAGACGGUUAUAUCACUAAGGAGGAGAUGCUGGACAUCAUGAAGGCCAUCUACGACAUGAUGGGCAAAUGUACGUACCCCGCACUCAGAGAGGAGACGCCACGUCAGCAUGUGGAAAUAUUCUUUCAGAAGAUGGACAAGAACAAAGACGGUGUGGUCACUAUUGACGAGUUUAUCGACUGCUGCCAAAAUGAUGAAAACAUCAUGCGAUCAAUGCACCUCUUUGAAAACGUCCUUUAAAAACAAUUUUUCGUGGAAUUGACAAACUUCUGGGACUGGUGUGUAGCGUGCUAUGCAGACGUACUCAUCCAUUAAAUAGAAUAACGUGUUGUUCCUUACUGUGGAGGACACUCUGGAAGCAUCAAAUGGUCGUACUUACUGCCAGGUGAUAUCACUGUGACUUUUAGACAAAAAAAAACAUCAUUCCAUACUAUGUAGAAUAUGCCAGAAUGUCCCACUUCUUUUAAAGGAUAACAUGUGAAUAUUGAGUAUAGAUACUGUAAGUGAAUGAUGGAAGGAAUCAUGUUGACCUGCCAACUAAAAGACAGCAUAGGACUUCCACACGGGCACACAAGGUAGCUUACAUUUAAUUUAUGCCGAAUAUUAGAUAAUGCUGCUUUUUAAAUGUGUUUUCUUUAUCCUCUGUUGGUCUUCCGGAAAGUAUUCACAGUGCUUUACUUUUCCCCGUUUUGCUAUGUAACAGCCUUAUUCCAAAAUGGAAUAAAUUCAAUUUUGUCCUCAAAAUUCUACACACAAUACCCCAUAAUGACAAUGUAAAAGCACAUUUUUUGUUUUAGAGCUUUAGACAAAAAUAAAUAAAAAAUAAGAAAACAUAUGUAAGUUUUCACAGCCUUUGCUCAAUACUUUGUUGAUGCACCGAUUACAGGCUCAAGUCUUUUUUAAUACGAUGCCACAAGCACACACCUAUUUUUGGGCAGUUUCACCCCUUCCCUCUUUGCAGCACCUCUCAAGCUCCAUCAAGUUGGAUGGGAAGCCCUUGUCAUAUCUCUUCAGAGAUGUUCAAUCGGAAUCAAAUCUCGGUUCUGGCUGUGCCACUUAAGGACAUUUACAGAGUUGUUCUAAAGCCUUUGACAUGUUGGCUGUGUGCUUAAAGUUGUUAUUAGGAAUGGACGACUAUGGCAAAAUAAUAAUCAUGAUUAUUUUGAUCACGAUUAACAUGAUUAUUCAUGUUAUUCAUUAUUCAUUAUGAGUAUUCUCUGAUUAUUCAAUCAUUUGAAAAUAUGAGGGGUUUUUUGUACCACCAAAACUCAACUCUGAAUAUAGAGAGAGAGAAACAACCGGACAUAAAUUCAUAAAUUAGUAAUGAUAAACCACAGCAACUAAAAUAAUGGUAACAACUUUAAACAACAAUUGCAAUAUAAAAAAACGAUAAAAUUCCCUUUAUGUCAGAACAUUUUUGAAAAUGUUUGCUAAAUGCAAAAUAUGACACAUUUAUUGCUGCAAUACAUCUUUGGACAAUUUUAAACAGUGUUUUAGGUCAAAGCAUAAUAAUUGUGUAAAUGUAUCAAUGAUUAUGUAAGGUACUUUUUUGAAACCUUUAUUUUGUUAGCGCCGUCAGACCGCAUGUGCUAUUGUUGUAUGAGGGGGAAGUGUGUUGUGCUGAAAAAAAGAGAGCGCGUCUCUCAAGUUGCGACUGCUGUCGUAUUUGUACGUUGUUACAUCGAUGAUGUCGUUCACAACAACACAAGCAGACGACAUGUGGUGUGUGUAUGGGUUGUUAUUUUACCAAACAAAUGUUCAUUCUCUUCCAAGUUAUUUACCUUCAAAUUACAGUACAAUGAUAAACAAUUCUACAGUAAUGAGAAAAAAAGUGUAUAUCGUUUUAAAUGGUUACUUGCAUUAAUAUUUUAUGUUGUGAUUACAUUAUAUUAUAAACACUGUAUCGUUUUUAACAGUUAUUUCUUCAGUUUAAGAGCAUAAUGUACACAGAAGUUCUGAGUCUCUGCAUAAAGCCAAAUAUUGUUCAAGUAAAUUAUUGCAUAUUGUUUAAAACAAAAUGCAAUAAUUUAAUCUAAAAGUAACAUUUGUCCUUCUUGUUAUUUUCGCAGUUUUAUUCAUAUAUAUGUAUAAAAUAUUAAAGUCGCGAAUCAAAUCGCAAUUUGGGAGGAAAAAAAAACGCAAAUAGGUUUUUUCUCAAAAUCGUGCAGCACUAAUAUUGACGUGUGUGUCUAUCCAAAUAGUGUCCAAUCAACUGAUUUUACUACGGGCGGACUUUAAUUAAGCUAUAGGAUCAUCUAAAAGAAGAGCAGUUGAAACAGGAUGCAUUAGAGCUUCAUGGCUAAGGCCGCAAAUACUUAUGUACAUGUGAUUGUUGUUCUUUUUAAUUUUGAAUAAUUUGCAAAAACGUUUAAAAAAAAAAAAAGAAAAAAAAAAGAAAAGCGUUUUCACAUUGUCAUCAGGGCUAUAAGAUAAGACAAUGUGGGAAAAAGUGAAGCGCUGUGAAUACUUUCUGGUUGCACUUUGUUAUUUAUACAGUGUUACUACGCUCAUUCUACAAAAAAUUGUAAUCUUUGCAGUAUUAAAGGUAAAUUGGUGCGUUUGUGUGAUUUUUAAAAGCUGCUUUAUAUUAUGUAAGAACUUUUAUUUAAUUUUUCUGAAAAUAAUUCUGACAAACACUUGUAAGUUUUAUUUAUCAUUUAUAUUAUUCUAUGUUGUAAUCAUCACUUUUAAACUUAACACUGAAUGUAAUGACGCAUAGUUGUACAUGUCUGUAAAUAUCAACAUACAAUUCAAAUAAACGAGUAACGUCAAA